AAGAAAAAGCAGAUAUUUAUUUAUUUAUUGAAUUAUUGUCAUUUAUUUUAUUUUUCUAUGAUCAGAUAUUAGUAUUAUACUCAGCUCAAUUUGUACUGUUACAAGCAUUCAGCAGCCCCCCAAAAAAAAAAAUCUAAAAAAAAAAAGAACUGAUUCAGCUCACCUCAACAGUCAAAGUCAUCUCUAAACAAAAUCCAUUAACUCUAUUUUCUCUCUCUUUCUCUUUCUCUCUCCUCCUUAUUUUUGGUGUGCUUCAGCAGCACAAUAAUUAGUGUUUGUCUCUUUAAUCUCACCUGUUGGCUACUUCUGAAGUAAUCAAUUUUCUGAUCUGUGAAUCUAAGGUGCUGUGACAAAUUGGUUGGGUCAAAUGCAGAGACAGACGAGGUCUAUGGAGAGAUCCAAUAGUAUGAGGGGAAAGCGGAGUUUGGAGAGUAGCGGCGGCGGCGGUGCUGGUGGCGGUGAUGAUGAUCAACCGGAGCGAAAGCGGCCGGCUUUAGCUAGUGUGAUUGUUGAAGCUUUGAAGGUGGACAGCUUGCAGAGACUUUGCUCGUCAUUGGAACCUAUACUUCGUAGAGUUGUCAGUGAAGAAGUUGAGCGUGCCCUGGCUAGGAUAGCUCCUGCCAAAAUCUCUGGGAGUGCGUCGCCAAAGCGAAUUGGAGGGUCAGAUGGCAGGAACUUGCAGCUGCAUUUCCGAUCCAAACUAUCACUUCCUCUGUUCACAGGAGGCAAAGUUGAAGGAGAGCAGGGUGCUGCAAUCCAUGUUGUAUUAAUUGAUGCCAACACAGGUCAUGUGGUGACCUCUGGGCCUGAAUCAUCCACAAAGCUUGAAGUAGUUGUGCUUGAAGGUGAUUUUAACAAUGAAGAUGAUGAAGAUUGGUCACAAGAAGAGUUUGAAAGCCAUGUUGUAAAGGAACGUGAUGGAAAGAGACCACUUUUACAUGGGGAGUUGCAUGUCAAUCUCAAAGAAGGUGUAGGAACACUUGGAGAACUUACAUUCACAGAUAAUUCAAGCUGGAUAAGGAGCAGGAAGUUCAGGCUGGGCCUCAAGGUGUCCACUGGACAUUGUGAGGGAAUGCGUAUACGUGAGGCAAAAACAGAAGCCUUUACUGUCAAGGAUCACAGAGGGGAAUUAUAUAAGAAGCACUAUCCUCCGGCCCUUAAUGAUGAAGUUUGGAGAUUGGAGAAGAUUGGGAAAGAUGGAUCUUUCCACAAGAGGCUGAAUUCUGCUGGGAUUUAUUCUGUGGAGGAUUUUCUCCGCCUUGCAGUCAGAGAUUCUCAAAAAUUAAGAACUACCCUUGGAAGUGGCAUGUCUAAUAGGAUGUGGGAUGCUCUAAUGGAGCAUGCAAAGACUUGUGUUCUGAGCGGAAAGUUGUAUGUUUAUUAUUCUGAUGAUGCAAGAAAUGUCGGUGUGGCAUUCAAUAAUAUAUAUGAGCUGAGUGGUCUAAUUGCUGGAGACCAAUUUUGUUCUGCUGAUACUCUCUCAGACAGUCAAAAGGUAUAUGUUGAUGCCCUAGUGAAGAAAGCAUAUGACAAUUGGCAUCAAGUCAUAGAGUACGAUGGAAAGGCACUUUUGAAUUCCAAACAAACUAGGAGGACUCGCUCAUCUCAAAAUGAACUAUCGAUGAAUACAAUCAGUUAUUCAAAUCCUGUCGAUAGUCAGUUGGCUUUACCUCGGUUGCCUGUUGCUAUUUCUUCUGAGCAGGCAAUGUUGGAGAAUAAUGUAGUGGCUCCAGGUUAUAAUGAUAAUAUGGUAAACAGAUUUCAGAAUCAAUCACAGCUGAUAAAUUCAAAUUUACAUAAUCAGUUCGAGAACACCUCAUUCUCUCAGCAUGAUCUGAUCGGUGGCAUUUCAGAACAAACCCAUAUUACUGGGAAUGAUAGCAGGGCAGGAUUGGCCUUGGGUCCUCCCCGACCUUCUGCAUCUGAAUUUCAGGUCGUACAACCAUCUCAACCGUCCAAUAUCAAUCCAUAUGAUGAUUGGUCACAAAACCAAAUUUCAGAGGAUGACAUUCGUAACAGAAGUCACGAAUUACUUGAGAGCGAUGAUAUGCAACAGCUGCUGAGACUGUUCAGCAUGGGAGGCCAUGUAAAUAUGCCUGAUGAAGCCUUUUCAUCUUACCCAUCUUUCAUGCCUACACCAUCUACCUACAAUAGUUUUGAGGAGGAUCGUAGUCGUUCAGGCAAAGCUGUUGUUGGUUGGUUGAAGAUCAAGGCGGCUAUGAGGUGGGGCUUCUUUAUCCGGAAGAAAGCAGCUGAGAGGCGUGCACAGCUUGUGGAGUUGGAUGACUGAGCUCCUGAUUAAGUGUGUUUGUCGGCUAAAUUUGCAACAGAAAAGGUACCAUCAACUAGUUCCCUUGGUGCAUAUUCUGCUAGGAAUAAUAGUAUAUAGCAUUUACCGCAAGUAGCUGUCAAAUCUGGCCUGACUUCGCUGUUUAUUAUUGAGAUCUAGCAGACAUAGAUAUGUCUUUUGUACAGUUUCCUCCUGUACAGUGAUUUGUAAUUCUUGUAACCUUGUAUUUUAACUUGAACCUCCUUCGUCGUAACUUUUGUCUGUCGCGAGUUUGGGAUUUUAUAGGUAAUGCAUGGUGCUGUUUCCAUCCAUGAUGUACUUGUACUAUAGGGAGAAAUUCUAAUGAAAGACUAAUUCUCUAUGUAGUCUUGUAUUUUCUAAGAAAAUUUGUGUUUUCAACUUUGGCAGAAUUAUAGUAAGAGUGUAUGUAAUCAACCUGAACUAUGGUACAGCAUUAAGAAGUUAUCGUAUUUGAAAUGAAUUUGGCCUUACAACGAGGCAACUUAUUA